AUGCCACCCACCGAUCUUCCCCCGUACGACCUCGCGACCCAUUCCAGCAGCUCCAACGACCGCAGGACCCGGAACAGCGAGCGAACCUCCCGCGCUUGCACAACGGCAAGCAAUCUUUGCUGUCGCUCGAGAAAGACAAAGUGUACAGGAGAGCUUCCCAUGUGUCAAACGUGCCUAUUCUAUGGACAGAACUGCGAGUAUCCUGCUGUGGACAAGCGGACAACCGACCGCUCCGCCUAA